AUGGACGGGGACGACGGCAAGAACAAGCACGGCCAACACGCCGGUUGGCACUCAAAGCAGACCCUGUGCGCCCUCAAUAUCGGCACUGUGCCACCCAAUGUCUCCUCCAAGAUGGAAUCAUGCGAAAAAGCCGACACCGGAACAUUCCAUGGUUCGGAUGACGAUUUGGACAAGAACUGUCACGAUGUUGAUCCACAGGCGCCGCCACGGAAGACUCCAGCCUUCCUAGGCCGCAGUGAGAUAAAGCGCUUGGCUUGUCUCUGCUUUUGUCUCGCUCUUUGGUUGACCGGAAUUCCAGAUAUGAUGGCCCGUAUGCUAGGUCGGUCUGCAAGAGCAGGUCAGAACCAGGGGUGUUCAACCCCGGAUCGUACAUUGCGAUUUACAAAAGAUGGCACUUUCCAAAUCAGUGUUUUUGAAGACUUACAUUUUGCUGAAGAUUCAAGAAAAGAUGUCAAAACACAACAUGUAAUGAAAUAUGUCCUCGCAAAGGAGAAGCCCCAACUGGUGGUGAUCAACGGGGACCUGGUCUCUGGGGAAGCCACCAAAGCCUCCAGCUCCAGCCAAUAUCUCCAUCAAGUUGUUAGCCCUUUGCUUGAUGGGGGUUACCUGUGGGCGUCGACAUACGGCAACCAUGACAGCAAUCCGAAUCUAGACCCGCGGCAGGAUGAAUACGACCAAGAGAAACGAUACAAGAAUAGCCUGACACAAAAAUUGAUAUCUGAUCCGAUGGCAGGGGUCACGAACUAUUAUCUACCCGUCUUCUCUCACGAUGGAUCUGAAUCCGAUAUACCUACUCUUUUGCUGUGGUUCUUUGAUUCUAGAGGUGGACGUGAGCCAAUUAACCGAGUACCCAACGGCCGUUCAGGCCGACGAGGCGACUGGGUCGACCAAUCUGUGGUUGACUGGUUUAUCAAGACCAACUCCGACCUGACGAGCAAGUAUGGGCAUAGUAUUCCUUCUUUAGCUUUUUACCAUAUACCUGCAGAUGCUAUGCGCACAUACCAAGAUAACGGGGUAGACUCCCGCAAAUCACCCGGCCUCAACGGGGAAACAGUCGUCCAGCAAGGAUCCGGAGAUACUCCCUACACCGGCCAAGAUAUAGCAUUUAUGCAGGCGCUUCUGAACACCUCGGGGCUUAUGGCCACCUUCAGUGGACACGACCAUGAAAAUGACUGGUGCUUCAAAUGGGACGGAAAGACGGUUUCUCAGAAUCUUGCAGGAAACGGGCUUAACAUGUGCUAUGGUCGACAUACCGGAUAUGGCGGGUACGGGAAUGCUAUGCGUGGCGGACGACAAAUUCUCCUUAAGCAGGAGAACCUGGUCGAUGAUGUGGAAACCUGGGUCCGGUUGGAGGAUGGCACGGUUUCGGCACAUGUCACACUCAACGGAACAUAUGGACAGGACGAUUAUUCAAAGAUUCAUCGCCGUGCAAUCGGGAGCAUGGAAGGCGGUGCAAGUCGCCGUCUUUCUCACCUGGGAUCUCUGUGGUAUAGUAUGGUUGGUUUGUGGCUUCCGGUCUUCAUCCUUUGGCAUUGGAAGUGCUCAUACUAG